AUGCUCGCAUCGGUUGACAUUCAUCGAUUUCCUUCGACAUCUUCGCAUGCAUCAUCAUUGUUGGCUUCAAAUUCGUAUGUUUUUUGUGGGACAGGCAGAGUGCUGCUGCACACAGCUGCACAGAGGUUCGAUGUUCCUCCUCCGCCUCCUCCUUUGGAAGAGCACGACGAAAAGUUGAAAAAAGCUGAAGAUGCAGUCAAAAAAGAACACAAGGAAGCAAAACCAACAGGACUGUUUGCCAAACUGAAGUACUAUCUUAAACGUUACUGGUAUAUUGCAAUCCCUAUCCACAUUGUGAAUUGUGCUGUUUGGUUUAUUGUUUUUUACAUCGUCUGUCGCAGUGGUCUUGAUGUUGUUGCACUGCUCGAGAAGUGUCACUUACCGGACUCUCUUAUCAAUAAAGUUAAAUCAACUCCUCCGAAUGCAGGAUAUGCGGUUGUAGCCUUCCUUCUUUACAAGAUAGCAACUCCGCUGCGCUACGCCACAACAUUGCUGCUGAUCCAGCUGAGCUUUCCGGUGCUACGGCGAUUUGGAAUACUGACAGCCAAGGAGGUGAAGUACCGGAUGCGGUUAAAAUAUACCAAUAAAAUGAGGAAAAUGAAACGGCGCUACCAGCAAAACCUUCACAGGGCCAGAGGAGGCGAACUGCACGAGGACAGUAAAAAGCGUCCAAACGCUGGUGGAUCGUUGAAAAAACCUUAG